AUAAAUAAACCGCAACAUUGUGUAGUCAUAGAAUGGUCAUAGAUGUGAAGUGUAAAGUGUUAUAAUGGUGUGCUUUAAAUUGACUUUUAUUUUAUUUUGUUGUGUCUUCAGAGCGUAUACAUCAAAUAUAAAUGAAACUGAACAGUAUGAGCCCCAUAUUUCAGCUAUUUUAAAGCAUUUAAAUUCAAAUCCCAAUAAAAUAUAUGAUUAUAAGAAGGGCAUACUCGUCAAUUCCCAGCAAAAGGCAGAUAUUUUUGAAUUGACCAUUGACGUUGACGUAACUUGUAUCGUGAACUAUCCAGGGGUACCAUGUACCGAGCAAGUGUUAACUUGUAAUGGAUUUGUACAAAACAGUGACGGUCAAUAUCGAGUACUAAGCGAUGUAUUGUGUAAUCCUAAACAAGAUGCUUCAGUUGAAAGCUUAAAUGAUGGCAGUACUAUACCAACAAGGUCUCAACAUGAUUCUAAAAUUGAUCUUAGUCAUGAGGCUGUACCUUCCAAUCAAAAUGCUGACUUUGUAGCAGUAAAACCUGAUACCGCGCCAUGUGUGGGAUGUCCAUUUGAUUUAAACACAGACAUUGAAGGCACUUCGUCAUUGGUAGACACAGCUUUAAGACACAUAGAAACCGAAAAAACUCAGAAGCAUAUCGCAGUUAAAGUCAUUAGAUUACAACAACAGGUUGUUGCUGGGAUAAAAUACUUUUUGAUUGUGGAAGUGGCUCCAACAGUCUGCCAAAAACAUGUCGAUUUAUAUUCAACGAAUUGUCCUUUAGAUGGCAGUGUAGAUAGCUCGGUGUGUGAAAUAAUUUUCUUACAAAGGCCAUGGCUUAGUAAGGACACACUAAUAAUUGGGAAUAAUUGCACUACAUCUCAAAAAUAUCCACCCGAAAGUAUAAGGAAUCAAAGAGAUGAUAUGAGCAAUGAAAUAAAUACUAAUUCAGAUGUCAACAAAAAUAAAGUAAGGGAAAUGAAUUCACAACGUCUAGCUGAUUUGGAAUCCCAAAUUUUACUUAUGGAACCAGAAAAUACAAAACCAUUUCCAAAGGAUAAAGUUCAAGCUAAUUCAUUCCCCAAAAAAAUCCAGUACGAAGAAGUAAUAGGUAAUCCUACCAAUAAUCAGUUGUAUACCACAUACAAGGUACAAAAUGAAAACUAUGAGCCUGUUGCCGUGACACACGGUCAGUCUACCAAUGCUUUUAGUACAGCGACAGAGAAAAAUGUUAAUACAGAAAACAGUAACAGAGAAUCAAGUGAUAUUUCAAAUUCAGAAAAUGGCCAGACAGAUAGCACAACUGAUCCUUUAAAUGAAAAUGGCGAGGGAGAAAAAAUAAACGAGAACAAAAAUGAUGAUAUUAAUUUGCAAGAAACUAGGCCAAAAAGAGAAGUUGACGAUUCUGAUUCAGAUUCUUCUGAAAGCAAAGAAGAUAAAGUCAGAGAGCCACGAGAUUUAGCUAAUUCAAAUUCAGAUUCCUCAGAAAGCCAUGAAGAAGAAAGAGAGGAAGUAAUAAGGCCUAAGAGGAACACAAGAGGAAAAGAUGAUGCAGAUGGUACUUCAGAAAGUGAAAGUAAGGAGUCUUCUGAGACUCAUGAAGAUAAUAAAACAGAGGAAUCCCAUCACAGGAGAAGACAAGAUCUAGAAAAUUCUGAUUCAGAUUCCUCAGGAAGUCAUGAAGAUGAAAGAGAAGCAGUAAGACAUAAAAGGGGAAAAGAUGAUGCAGAUGGUACCUCAGAAAGUGAAAGCAAGGAGUCCUCUGAGACUCAUGAAGAUAAUAAAACACAGGAAUCCCAUCACAGAAGAAGACGAGAUUUACAAAAUUCUGAUUCAGACUCCUCAGAAAGCCACCAAGAUGAAAGAGAAGCAGUAAGACCUAAAAAGGAUUCAAGAGGAAAAGACGAUGCAGAUGGUACUUCAGAAAGUGAAAGUAAGGAGUCCUCUGAAACUCAUGAAGAUAAUAAAACAGAGGAAUCUCAUCACAGAAGAAGACGAGAUUUAGAAAAUUCUGAUUCCGAUUCCUCUGAAAGUCACCAAGAUGAGAAAGAAGCAGUACGACCUAAAAGGGGUACAAGAGGAAAAGACGAUGCAGAUGGCACUUCAGAAAGUGAAAGCAAAGAGUCUUCUGAGACUCAUGAAGAUAAUAAAACAGAGGAAUCCCAUCACAGACAAAGACGAGAUUUAGAAAAUUCUGAUUCAGAUUCCUCAGAAAGCCACCAAGAUGAAAGAGAAGCAGUACGACCUAAAAGGGAUACAAGAGGAAAAGACGAUGCAGAUGACACUUCAGAAAGUGAAAGCAAAGAGUCUUCUGAGGCUCAUGAAGAUAAUAAAACACAAGAAUCGCAUCACAGAAGAAGACGAGAUUUACAAAAUUCUGAUUCAGACUCCUCGGAAAGCCAUGAAGACGGAAAAGAAAAAGCAAUAAGACUUAAGAGGAAUGCAGGAAGAAAGGAUGAAGAUAGUACUUCAGAAAGUGAUAAUAAACAGUCCUCUGAAAGUCAUGAGGAUAAUAAAUCUCAGUCUACAAAAAGCUUAGAUUUAGAAAAUUCUUCGAAUUCAAAUUCAUCGGAAAGCGAACAGGACAAAAGAGGGGAAUCUUUAAGGUCUACUGAUAAUAGUAAUUCUUCGAGCAGUAGUAGUUCGGAAGACAAAUCGAAACAAGAGAACCGAAUAAAACGCGAGUCCAAUAAUAAGGUUGAUAGUAGCUCAUCAUCCAGUAGCAGUUCAGACGAUGAAAGUAAAGAAAAGAAUAAGCAUGAAAAUGGUCAAGAUAACAGUGAUUCUUCUAGUAGCAGUAACAGUUCGAAAGACAAAUCAAAGGAACAAGAGACCAACAAUAAUGACAGCUCAUCGUCGAGCAGUAGUUCAGACGAAAGUAAAAAAAAGAAUAAAAAAACGCAGGAGGAUGAUAGCAGUGAUUCUUCUAGUAGCAGUAACAGUUCGAAAAGCAAAUCAAAGGAACAAAACAGAAUAGAACAAGAGGCCAACAAUAAUGACAGCUCAUCGUUGAGCAGUAGUUCAGACGAAAGUAAAGAAAAUAAUAAAAAAACACAUGAGGAUGAUAACAGUGAUUCUUCUAGCAGCAGUAGCAGUUCGGAAGAAAACUCAAGAGAACAAAACCGAAUAAAACACAAUACUGACGAUGUCAAUGUGGAGGUCAGAAUUAAUAAAGUAAAACGAUCUGUUGGCCAACUUGAAAAAAUUACCCAGGAAGAGAAAUUCUUAGUGAGAGACCUGGCCGAUUUCGCAGCUUUUUCAUUGGAUAACAUCGACGAUGACAAUCACAAAAGGGUAAUUCUGCAAAUAUUAAGUGCCAAGAAACUGAAACUCGAUGGAAUUUAUUAUCACAUAAUUUUACGGCUCGGUAUAUCCCAGUGUUCUGAAAAUGAAGACGACGAGAACUGCAGAGAAAAGCUAUUCCCUGACCUCACUAAGAUUUGUAAAGUACUUGUACACGUAGAAGAUGACCUCUCGAAUCCCAAAGUGGUCAAAUCUCAAUGUCAAAACACCAAGAAAGAUGACCGUGACAGAAACAGAACCAAUUAUAGCAGGUAUCGUCGAAAUACCUUGGUAGGGGCCCCUUCGAAUAUAGCUUUAGAUGAUCCAAGAAUACUCGAAUUUACUAAAGACACGUUAACAGAGCUAGAUGCCAAAUCUGAACACCCUAACAGGCAUAAAGUAAAUAAAAUAGUAUCGGCUACGUCUCAGGUGGUGGCGGGAGCUAAAUAUAAGAUAAAGGUGGAAAUCUCACUGUCGGAUUGCUUAAAAACUGAUGCAAAACCUUUAGAGGAUUGUGACUUUCCUCAAAAUACCAUAUUCAAAGUAUGCGACAUUGUGGUGUGGGAUCGGCCUUGGUUACAUCAACGCCAAACUACAGUCAAAUGUGAUGAUAGUGAAAAAGAAUACUAUUUUGAAAACAAAAGUAGAAAGAAUAGGUCGUAUUCUAAUCAAAUAAUUUUUGACAAAGAUGAUUUGCGAAGAUCGAUAAACAACAAAGAAAACUUAAGGCCUUUAGGAGGGAUCGAAGAGCAAUCGCCAGACAAUCUGAAAGCUUUAAAGUACCUGAAAGAUAUCCUAGCUUAUUUGGAUAAUGAGUCUGGCCACUACAACAAAUUAAAAGUGCAGGACAUUAUAUCGGUGGACAAACAAGUCGUCGCUGGAGAAUUGUGGCGCAUUAAAGCCACCGUUACACUUUCUGACUGCCCCCAAAAUAAAUCGGUCGAUCCACAGGACUGCAAAGAAUUAGAAGGAAGUGAAAGUCGCACCUGCGUUUUUAAAAUAUGGGACCGUCCAUGGCUGCCAAACGGUAGAGAGGUACAAACAUCCUGUGAGAACGAAUCCGUACCUUACAGUUUUAGACUGAAACGUAGCCUUGGAACUCCUAGAUAUAUUAUUCCUGGUUCACUGGAUGAAACUAAUGAACCCAAUCCAAAAGUUUUACACUAUGUGAAGUCUGGUUUACAAUAUCUCGAUUCGCGGUCUCCUCACUCGACCAAAUAUACUAUUAAGAAUAUUAAGAAAGUGUCAAAACAAGCAGUGCCUGGUCAGUUUUGGCGCGUUACGGCAGAAAUAGUACUGUCCGAUUGUCCAAAACGGUACUACACUCAGUACUGCGAAGAAUUAGAAGACAGCAAAAGCAAAAUAUGUUAUUUUACAAUCUGGGAACAGCCUUGGUUGUCGAACAGUUUACAAAUCAAUAUAACCUGCGAGAACGACGACAAUUUAUACUCGUUUUCUCCUAAGAGCACUCAACACAUAAAUACAUUCCAUAACCAGGAACUUCUCGUCAAAUUUAACGAUUUCAUGAUAAAGCACAAUAAAACCUAUUUAAGUGAUACCGAAUACAACUAUCGCCUGAAAGUGUUCAAAGACAACUUAAACACAAUUAAAUUACUUAACAACUAUGAGCAAGGCACAGCUCAGUACGGCGUAACUCAGUUCGCGGACUUAACAGCAACUGAAUUUUCAAAGUCUCACGGAUUACGUCCGGAUCUAAGGAAUGAAAAUGAGCCACCAUUUUCAAACGCCUUUAUUCCUGAUAUAGAAUUGCCUACAGCUUAUGAUUGGCGUCAGAAAAACGUGGUGACUAAGGUAAAAAAUCAAGGAAUGUGCGGAAGUUGUUGGGCCUUUAGUACGACCGGCAACAUCGAGGGCCAAUAUGCCAUUAAAUAUGGGAAGUUACUAGAGUUUUCUGAGCAGGAACUUGUGGAUUGUGAUAAAUUGGAUGAGGGCUGUAAUGGUGGCCUGAUGGACAAUGCAUAUAGGACCAUAGAGCAACUGGGAGGACUAGAAACCGAAUCCGACUAUCCGUAUGAGGGCGACGAUGAGAAAUGUCACUUCGUUAAAAGCGAAGCCUGCGUACAGCUAAGCGGAGCGCUGAACAUAAGCCACAAUGAAGUCGAUAUGGCCAAGUGGCUUGUUAAAAACGGACCCAUCUCGAUAGCCAUAAACGCGAAUGCGAUGCAGUUUUAUUUCGGAGGUGUGUCGCAUCCUUGGAAAGCAUUGUGCAAUCCUAAGAGUUUGGAUCAUGGAGUGCUUAUCGUGGGAUAUGGCGUAGACAACUAUCCUAAGUUUAAUAAAACUCUCCCGUUCUGGAUUGUGAAAAAUUCUUGGGGCACCUCUUGGGGCGAACAAGGAUAUUACAGAGUAUACAGAGGCGACGGAACAUGUGGCCUAAAUCAAACUCCGUCUAGUGCCAUAGUAGCAUGAAUAAUUCAAAAUAUAAAUUCAAAAUCAAAAUUACAGAGGUAAAAAUCUAUUUAUCUAUAUCAUUCUUCGAAUAUAUUGUGAUACUUGCUUCUACUAAUUAAAACUAACAACAAUAAUGUAGAUUAUAGGUAGAAAAGAUUAUCUUUAGAUUUAGUUGUGUUGUAUGACUGAAAAAUUUUGACAUUUAUCGCAAAUAUAGAACUAGAAAAGGGAUGUAAUUAUAGAAAAAUAUUUAUACUUGGUACAAAAUUAUAUACCUACUAUUUUAUAAAUAUUUAUGAUUGUACUUCGGUGUGGAAUCGAAAAAAUUGAUUUUCCGGAAUUUGGAGCAUAGAAAAUUUUCAUUUAUACAGGCUAUUGGCAAUUGAACUUAACUAUACACCACCAUCUUGUGGCCAAUUAUUGAAAUAGUACAAGGCAAUCGGUUUUGGCAGUUUUAUUGGUGAUUGGAGGCAGGACAUUCAAAGUAUGUGAAAAUUUGAUUAUAUUUUUCAGUUUCUGAUUAUUUAAAUAUGAUAAUUAAUUAAUUAAAAAAAAAACGCAUAAGCAUCAUGUUCCAUGUUUUGGCUAAGCACUAACUUCUACCACACUUUUCCUCUGCGACUUUUCUCGAUACAAUUUUAGAGAUUUACAAUUACAAGAAUAAAACGAAAAAUAAAUUUUUUUUCAUC